GGAGAGGGAGAUGCACACGGCACUCGAGUGAGGAAACAGAGAUGAAGGUACACAUGCACACAAAAUUUUGCAUCAUUUGUUUGCUGACAUUUAUCUUUCAUCAGUGCAAUCAUUGCCAUGAAGAUGGACAUGACCAUGGUCCUAAAGAGGGACGUGUACACUACCAUAAUGACUAUCAGAUCUCAAAUGCGUCCUACUUCCAGAAUGGAGGAACAGAAUCUAUGCCAAGUAAAUUUUCAACACUGGAAGCUGAAAAUGAACAAAAAUACUACAUUGAAAAGAUUUUUGAUCGGUAUGGUGAAAAUGGAAGAUUAUCUUUUUUUGGCCUGGAAAAACUGUUAAUAAGCCUUGGUUUAGGAGAGGUGAAAGUAGUGAUGAUAAAUCAUGAUGAUAUCGGCCAUGAUCAUGUUUCUCACUUAUAUGCUUUAGAAGUACAGGAAGGAAAGCAUUCUCAUUCUCGUAACCAUCUGCAUAGCCACUCUGAUUCAGAAAACCAAACCAUGACUGGUAUGGCUGCAAAGAGAAACCAUAAAUGUGACUCUGAGAGAGACACAGUAGUGCCAUCAGUAAAAGAUGAUGGCAAACACAUUCAUGACCAGAGUCGCCAUCACCAUCAUCACCACCCUCAUCUCCAUCAUCAUGACCAUAAUGGUACACAUCAUUCUCAUAAUGAUUCGGUUAGUCAUAGUGAACAUGGAGAACAGAACCAUGAACCUUCAACAGAGACAAACACAACUCAAGAUCAGCCAGAAAGAAAACAACGGAAACAGAAGAAGAAGCAAAAGAAGAUCAGUGAGACUUCAGGAGAUGCUACACGGGAUUAUGCUCCAGAUCAUGAUCCAGGUGAUCAGUAUGAGCACAAUCGUGUUCAUAAACAUGAUCAUGUACAUGAUGCAUCUCACUUGCAUGUACACCAUCAUGAACACAGUAGCGAUCGUUCUACUAGUCAUGGACAUCAAGAUUCCAGUUUAGGUAAUGAGGAUGGACACCAUCAUACCAGCAAACGAGAAGCACCUCAUAAGCAGAUUAGUGUAAGAAAACAUGCUAUUUUUUCAACGCGUAGUCAUAAGGAUCAUAAUGGAGAUGAACGUGAUCGUGAAGAGUGCUUAAAUGUUACCCAACUGCUACGGUACUAUGGUCUGGAAACCAGCUCUCCAAUAUCUCCUGAGUUGUUCAUAUACAUGUGUCCUGCUUUGCUAUACCAGAUUGAGAGAAGGCUUUGUAUUGUACGUUACGAUGAGCUUGAAGAUUUUAUGAAAAGUAAAAAUGCAUCAAUUGAGAAUAAAGAUAAAACAGGUGCAUCAGCCUGGUUUUGUGGUAUCAUCUCUAUCACCGUCAUUAGCCUGCUUUCCUUGCUAGGUGUGAUCUUGAUUCCCAUCAUUAACCAAUGGUGCUUCAAAUUUCUUCUAACUUUCUUGGUAGCUCUGGCUGUAGGAACAAUGAGUGGAGAUGCACUACUCCAUCUGUUGCCACAUUCACAUGGAGGCCACAACCACAGUCACCACCAUGGCCAAGGUCAUGUUCAUGAACACAAGCGUUCUCAUCGACAUGCCCACGGACAUGGAGUACGGACUGAAGGCUUUCUAGAAGAAAAUGAUCCAGUGCUGAAAGGUCUUGUGGCACUUGGAGGCAUUUAUGUUUUGUUCAUCAUUGAACAUUGUAUAAGAAUGUACAAGCAUUACAAUAAACAAAAGAGUAAGCAGAAAUGGUGCAAGAAAAAACAGACUGAAGAAUCACCAAUUGGAAGGAAACUUUCCGAUCACAAAUUAAAUAAUAGACCAGAUGCUGACUGGCUUCAGCUCAAACCCCUUGCAGGAGCAGACGACUCAGUUUUAUCUGAAGAUCGACUCAAUGAAACUGAACUAACUGAUUUAGAUGGCCAGCUGGAAUCCCCUCCCAAAAACUUCUUGUCUGUAGAAGAGGACAACAAUAUGCAUCAUUCUCACAAUGAUGUCUCACAUGCUGCUCAAGGGCAUGAUCUUCAUGAUUCAGAGUAUGACAGCCAUGGCGAAGAUAAAAUGAUAGCUAGAAAACACAGUCACCACUGGCAUCACAAACAUUCCCAUCAUUCCCAUGGCCACUGUCAUUCUGGAAAAGACCUGAAAGAUACUGGGAUAGCUAAUAUUGCUUGGAUGGUAAUUAUGGGAGAUGGCAUUCACAACUUUAGUGAUGGCUUAGCAAUCGGAGCAGCUUUUAGUGCUGGACUGACAGGAGGAAUUAGUACAUCUAUAGCAGUAUUUUGUCAUGAGCUUCCCCAUGAAUUAGGUGACUUUGCUGUGCUGCUUAAAGCAGGUAUGACAGUAAAGCAAGCUAUUGUGUACAACCUCCUGUCUGCCAUGAUGGCUUACAUAGGCAUGCUGAUAGGCACAGCGGUGGGACAGUAUGCUAAUAACAUCACCUUGUGGAUCUUUGCAAUCACGGCAGGCAUGUUCCUCUAUGUGGCAUUGGUUGACAUGCUUCCUGAAAUGCUUCAUGGAGAUGGAGAUAAUGAAGAGCAUGGUUAUUGUCCUGUGGGGCAGUUCAUUCUUCAGAAUCUAGGCCUGCUUCUUGGAUUUGCCAUCAUGCUGGUGAUUGCCCUCUAUGAAGAUAAAAUUGUGCUUGACAUCCAGUUUUGACCUAAUUCUGGUAAUCACUGU